CGAGCGCCCUGCAUUUUCUAGCCAGCCACUCACAUCCUGAGAAGGAAAGGGAAAAAUAAGGGCUGAAAAGCCAAGAUUGAAAACAGAUAUAGAGCUUGGACCCUCAAAGAAAGGCAGCAGCCAUUAUUUUUUCUCGCUCUUUAUCGGAAUGGAAUGAUAUUGACUUUCAAGGCAAUAAUAGACUUCCGCCAGUGGAUAAGAUAUUUAUUUUGUAUUGAUUUGUUUGUCCUUUUGUAGUAAGAACGGACAUAGCAAUUCUAGCCAGAAUGCUGUCCUGUUCAAGGAGGAGGAACUGUUUACCCUAAUGGCUUCAAGAGAAUUGUUGUGUAUUGUUUACUUCCCAUACACCCACUCUCCUAAAGCAUGCGCCAGACGGAAGGUUUCCACCCAUAUAUCCCUGCAAAUUGAAGGAGCUCACUCAACAUCAAAAUCAAGGACUUCUCUCCAACUCAGAAAGGAUACGAGAAAUCGUACUAGUCAACAGACACGACAGGGUGGUGGAAAAUGUGGAGAGGAACUCUCCCAAGACAUACUGUAGCUGGGAAGGACAUUAACUUCACUUGCUGAGGAUCACGAUAGCUGCCUGAAGGGUCUUGUAGCAGAGAGAGUGUUAUCAAUUCACACUGGCACUAUGGAGUUGGGCUUGGCAAAGUCUCUGCCUUUGGUGGCCAUCUUUACAGUGCUGCUGCAGUUUUGUCCAGAGGGCUUCAGUCUGGAGCUCAGCCCCAGUGAGAAGGAGGUCAUACUGAGCACCAACUCCUCCUUCACGGUGGUCUGUUCUGGUUGGAGCAAGGUGACCUGGAAGUCUCCGCACGACCCCAGCCUGGAGGGAGUGGCUGUGGAGGACAGGGGAACCACCAGUGUGCUGGUCCUCCACAACGUCACCUGGAGGCACUCUGGGAACUAUAUCUGUGAAGAGCCCUCUACAGAGGAGGCCAAGGACAUAUCGGUGUUUGUACCAGACCCUGAGGAAUGGUUUCUUCCCCUGCAGCAAGCAGUGGUGAUGAAGGAGGGAGAGGAAGGUACCAUUCCCUGCGUGGUGACUGACCCUGGCAUUAACGUGACCCUGUACGAGAGGGCCAGCAAGGCCCGUGUGGAGGGAACAUACCACCCCAGUAAAGGGUUCACCGCCAUUCUGAAAGACAGCUCCUACAUCUGCCGAGGUGCCAUGAACGGAGAGGAGAAGGCGUCCCAGGUGUAUUAUGUCUACAGUAUUGUGGUCCCCAAAUCCAUGAAUGCCUUCAUGACACUCUCAAAGACGGUGCUGAAACAAGGCGAGGCCUUAAUGGUUAAUUGUACUGUAGAAGAAGCAGAGAUGGUUUACUUCGAAUGGGAUUUUCCUCGUAAAGAGACAAUUGAGCCACUGACAGACUUUCUAUCGGAGAUUAGAAUCCGCUCCUUCUUGAACAUCUCCAGUGUUACUCUGAAGGACUCUGGCCAGUACAUCUGCCGAGUGCAGGACCCUUUUUCCGGAAAGUCAGCCGUGGAUAAUCUCACUGUCACUGUUCUGGAACGGGGCUUUGUGGAUUUGGAACCCUCCAUCAACACCAAUGUUUCAGCGCUGCAGUAUCAGAGCGUUGCACUCACAGUGCAGAUCGAAGCGUUUCCCAAACCUCAGGUGCUCUGGACCAGAGACAACACCACCCUUACUGGGGAAACUGUAUCCAUUGACACCAGAGAGGUGCAUGAGACCAGUUACCUCAGUACUCUGACCUUGGUAAGGGUCCGGAUGGAACAGAGGGGGCCCUACACUGUCCAUGUGGCCAAUGAAGACGACGUCAAGGAGAUAACCUUUGAUCUUCAAGUCAAGUCUUCCCCGAAGAUAAUAGAUUUGUCUGACCAGCACAUAGACCAGGGCCACGGAGUGCUCUGUGUCACAGAGGGGGUCCCCACACCCACCGUCCACUGGUACAGCUGUGAAAGCAUUGGAAAAUGCAGUAAUAAGACCACAGCAUGGAAGUCUCUGUCGGCUGACCAAGAGAACGUCAGCAUCCAGAUGAACGUCAGCUACAUCGAGGCCUCAGGGGUCAACCAAGUCCGCAGCCUUUUGACCUUCCAGACCAUGGGGGGUAUUACAUCAGUACGCUGUGAAGCCCGCAGCGAGAGAGGGCGCAGGGCCUGGGACAUCAAACUGGUCUCGAACUCUCUGUUCUCCCAGGUGGCUGUCUUGGCUGCAGUGUUAGCCCUGGUGGUCAUUGCCGUCAUCUUCCUCAUCAUCCUCAUCGCCCUUUGGAGAAAGAAGCCCCGGUAUGAGAUCCGUUGGAAGGUGAUCGAGUCAGUGAGCUCAGAUGGCCAUAAGUACACCUACAUGGACCCCAUGCACCUGCCAUAUGACUGUGUAUGGGAGGUUCCCCGGGAUAGCCUGGUCCUGGGUCACACUCUGGGUUCUGGAGCAUUUGGGAGGGUCGUGGAGGCUACAGCCUAUGGCCUUGGUCACUCUCAGUCCACCACCAAAGUGGCUGUGAAGAUGCUCAAGUCCACAGCAAGGACAAGUGAGACUCAGGCUCUGAUAUCUGAGCUGAAGAUAAUGAGUCACCUUGGGCCCCAUCUAAACAUUGUCAACCUACUGGGGGCUUGUACGAAACGAGGUCCCAUUUACCUCAUAACUGAGUACUGUUGCUAUGGUGACCUGGUUGACUACCUUCACCGCAACAAGCAUACCUUCCUACAGUACUACGCAGACAAAAACCGCAGGGAUGCUGAUAUGUGCAGGAACAGCACAGAGAGUACAGUCCAAAUCCAAGGAAAAAGUGAGUGCGAUGGGGGUUACAUGGACAUGACCAAGGAAGAUUCUUUAAAUUAUGUCCCAAUGCAAGAGCUCAGUGACAACAUCAAGUAUGCAGACAUCGAGCCUUCAGUCAAUGAGACACCCUACCAUCAGGACAACAACUACCAAGGACAAGGCCAAGAGAGAGCAGACGUCGCGUUGUCUAUCAGUGACUCCCCAAUUCUGAGCUACACAGAUCUGGUGGGCUUUAGCUACCAAGUGGCUAAGGGCAUGGACUUCCUGGCAUCCAAGAAUUGUGUUCAUCGUGACCUGGCUGCCAGAAAUGUUCUCAUCUGCGAGGGAAAGCUGGUGAAGAUCUGUGAUUUUGGCCUGGCCCGUGAUGUCAUGAACGACUCCAACUACAUAGCCAAAGGCAAAACAUUCCUGCCACUGAAGUGGAUGGCUCCAGAGAGUAUCUUCCAGAACCUCUACACAACCUUGAGCGAUGUUUGGUCUUUUGGCAUUCUGCUUUCAGAGAUCUUUACUCUAGGAGGAACGCCCUAUCCUGACAUUCCCAUGAAUGAACAGUUCUACACUGCCUUGAAGAGAGGCUACAGGAUGCCUAAACCUGCUCAUGCUACAGACGAGAUCUAUGAUAUCAUGUGCAAGUGUUGGGAUGAGAAAUUCAAGAAGAGGCCACUCUUCUCCUCUCUGGUUAAUUUGACGGGAAACCUGCUGACUGAUGCUUACAAAAAGAAAUACACCCAGGUGAAUGAGAGCUUUCUGAAGAGCGACCACCAUGCUGCAAUCAGGUCCAAACCUACACCAGCAGGGAACCCGGCUGUGUCUUCAGAUGACCACUCCUCAGGGGAUCGAACGGGUCAGGAGACAGGGGAGAUAGAGGAGACUGGGAAGGAGGCUGGCCCCUCCCAGACUGACUACAUAAUCGCCAUCCCAGAUAUCCAUGUAGUCGAAGAGGCAGAAGCAGGUGGUGAGGUGCUGGACACCGCCACACAGAGUACAUCAAGUCCUCCAAGCACAACCGACCAGGCUGAUACAGCCUCCCUGGAUGGACCAGAAACACCCCUAGAAGAACCAGUACCCACAGAGGAAGCGGUGCUUGCUCCCACGCAAGAAGACAAGCUCCCCCAGUCUCCAUGUACCCCUGAAGUGGAGGAGAGUUUCCUGUAGUCCCUCAUUAGAGAGCUGAAGUUAGAGGUGUCUACUGUAUAGGACAAUGUUGUACAUGACAAUGUGUGUUGUUAGUUAAACACUAAUGUUGUAGGCCCUUUUAGGAAACAUUAUAUCGUUAUUAUUUUUGUAUAUUGGUAAUAUACUGUAUAUCUUUCAGGUACUUUUCCCCUUGUAAUGCUAUGAUUCACAAAAAAAGCAUCAGCAGUUUGACACAUGGCAAUGGUAAUAUUAUAUACAAAUGUAAUCAAAUUGAAGUUGUCAAACUGUAAAGAAAAGUAUAUUUGGCAUGGGAAUACAUUUAAUUUCAAUCAUUAAAAAAUUAUAAUUUAACGAGAAUGCAA